AUGCAGACGACUGGUUUUCGAGCUUGCGAGUUAUGCCGUGCCCUCAAAGUGCGAUGCAUGCCAGCCGACGACGCUGCAGGGAGCAGUGGCGGCAGCAGCAGUCCCCAGGGCAGCAGCACGGGACCCGUCGCCCUGCCGCCUGUCUCCGAGCGGCCGGCGUGCCGUCGCUGCAAGGACACGGGCUCGACCUGCGUCUACACCGAGCCUCGGAGGACGAAGCGGAAGCGGACCGACGUGCGCGUGCGUGAGCUGGAGCGCGAGGUGCGCAUGCUGAGCGAGCUGCUGAUGCUCCGGAGACGCGUCGCCGAAGAGGGCAUGCCUGUGUCCGAGUACGAGCAAGCCCAAACUUCGGCACGAGCGUCGCUGGCGGCCGCCGCUGCGACGGCUAUGCCACCUCCGGCCCAACAAUCUCUGCCUGAUACACCGUCUGCUUUGUUUACGACUCCAACGCCAUUGAGCACGUCCACGAAUACGCCACACAGCGGUACACAUCAAGCACCACAACCAGCAGCAGCAGCAGCAAGUAGAACAACAACUACAUCUUCUGCUACUACGACGAGAACAGGGACGGCAGCCGCCGACAACAUGGCAUUGCAAAACCAGCCACAGCCUCUAGUAGCCGACCCUGUGGCGGCCGGCAUUUUGUCCAUGGAGACAGCCGUUCGCCUGUUCCGCCGAUAUGUCACGGUGAUGGCACCGCAGAGGCCGUUUGUCGUGUUUCCCAAGGUGACGCUGUCUGGCGAGAUGGAGUUUACGCCGGCCGUGGAGGCUUCGAUCAGCAUGGUGGCGGCCCUGGUCCGCGAACACACGCCUGUCCUCUUUCUGUCGAUCCUGACAGCUGCCUUGGGGACCGGCGCAGACGACGAUAGCGCCGACAGUAGCACCGACGGCAGCGUCCAUAACUUGACCGACAACAGCAGCGGCGGGCAGGAAGACGUAGCCACGUUGCUCGACUCGUUGCUACUACGUGUCUAUGCCGACCGCAUUAUCUACCAAAGCGAGAAGUCCCUGGAGCUGGUCCAGGCGCUUUUGAUCUCCUCAAACUGGAACUUUUACAGCUUCGAAAAACCAACUAGUAACUGCCUCAUACAUGCAACAGCUGAGGCAGCCGUCAGCCAGAGCACUCACCAAAAUGGCUCGAACUCGACCGUCAGCGGAUUCGACAGCCUGCGCUUCUACCAGCAUCUGCACAUGGCAGCCACCAUGGCCAUCGAGAUCGAAUCCGAGUACCACGAAAAGGGACGCGUUCGGACAGGACGCACCGGCGGCGGCGUUGUCAGUGGUCUCUUGGAGGAUCCAUUGGCGUUUGAGCGGACGCUGCUGGCGUGCUACAUGUGCUGUUCGAGCAUCUCGCUUGGCUUCCAUCGCCAAACCAUGCUCUCCUACACCCCCGUCAUGGCUGAGUACCUUCGGCGGCUGGAAACAUCGCCCCAUGCCGCUCCGACCGACCCGGUCACGGUGGCCUGGGUUCACCUACAACGAACGGUCGACACGAGCGCGGGUGUAUUGGGCCUGCGGGCGGUUGUCCGCAACGGCAGUGGUUCCGCGACAUCCGCCGACAGCGCGGCGACGCACGGCUACGAUGCGGUGCCCGACCUGGCCGACCCGAACUUCCAGGCUCGAUUAAUGAAAGUCACGCGACAAUUGGAGCAGUGGCGGGUCGACCAUAGCCGCUGCUUGACCAACUCUCUCCUCAUUCAAUACCAUACGAUCUUGUGUUUGCUUCAUGAAUCCUGCUUUUACAAUGAGUUUGCCGCGUCCGACUUGAAGCCUCCGUAUCGUGUGUCCAUCCCCGGGACCUUUGAAGACAUGCCUGCCCGCAAGCCCAUGACACAGGCCCACCUCACGUCCCGGCGCAUCUGCCUGAUGGCCUCUCGCUCCCUCAUUGGCAUCUUCCUGGCCUCGCCCACGGAACAGCUGCUCGGGUCCCCUGUGGUCGUCUAUGCGCGUGUCGGCUAUGCCGUGCUCGUUCUCCUCAAGCUGCAGAUCUCGGCGGCCCUGCCCGGCGGCGCCAUGCACGGCCUUCUCCUCGACACCGUGACGGGCGACUCGGCCACGCAGAUCUACCAGUACCUAGAGUCGCUGAUUGCGCGUCUCGAGGAGCUCGAGGCGCUGGGCGGCCGCAUCGCGUCCGUCUGGAUUGCCAUGGUGCGCAUCAUUCAUACGUGGUACGAAGCCUACUUUAUUCCUGCGGCGAGCGGCCGCCCGGCCGAGUCCAACUCAAACGUCAACCCCGUGCUGGAGCCGCUGCGGUACUGCGUGCAAUCCAGCCAGGUGCAGCCGCCGUACACAAUCACGCCGGAGAUUCUGAAGCACAACGAGCUGCACCGCGACCGACGGAAGCACGACCCGUACUCUGUGACCGACGAGGGUUUUGCAUCUCUCGUGACCGGCAUCGGAACGUCCGUGUGCGGCAUGCUGUCGACGAUGAGCCCCGCCGAGGAAGAGGCGUUCCUGUCGAGUGCGCUGGACACCGGCGAGAUUGACCGCUGGAUGGACCCCCGGAUCGGACUUGGGGACAUCCAGAACCGGCUCUUUGAGUUUUCGGCCAUGUAA